AUGUCCACUUUACAAGAAAUUCCCGAGGAUAACCGAGACGAGAAAAAAGAGCCAGAAAUCAGCAUUGUUCCAAUAAAAGAUCCUGAUGAGAUUAUUCCACCAUGUACAGUCGUCUACAAAAUUCUCCUUGCGAUCGGAUUUCUCUAUAUCUUCAUCGUUAGUCUGGGGAUCUUAUCAAGCGCCUUCCAAGUUUUGGGCGGUGCAUCUCUCAACCGAUUCCUCGUAGAUUAUCAAGAUACUCUUUCAAACCCGCUUUGUGGUCUUAUAAUUGGAAUUAUUGUGACAGUUGUUGUUCAAAGCUCAUCAACAUCAACCUCAAUCAUCAUCACCAUGGUCGGCGCACGCAUCCUUACCGUGCCCCAGGCAAUUUACAUGGUGAUGGGCUGCAACGUCGGUACUUCCAUCACGAGCACUCUCGUUGCGUUUGGUAAUGCAACUCAACGCGCUGAGUUCGGCCGGGCAAUUGCUUCAGCAGUGGUUUUGUCGAUGUAUAAUUUGCUCACGGCAGUUGUCUUGCUUCCUCUAGAAAUGGCGUUUCAACCACUGCAUCGUCUCACAGCAGCGUGUGUUCUUUCAAUUGAUCAAGCAAAUACGUCUGCUGUUGAUGAAAUCAACAAUCCUAUCGAAACAAUCACAGGUCCACUAAAAAGCAAAAUUAUCGCCGUCAACAAAGCAGCCCUUGGAGACGAGUAUUACAACGGAAGUUUCGUCGCUUACUGUGGCAAAACUAUCUCUUCUUGCGCUACAUUCUGCGGAUUGAGCGAUGAGCGCUGCAUUGAAAACAACGAGGAUGCGUGUUUGGAAGCAGAUCAGUCUUGGAGCUGCAGUUGGAAUGAGCGAGAUAAUGUUUCUUCGUUUCUUGCGAUGUUCGGCGAGAAUUGCGCAAGGAUAAACGAUCAUAUUUUCACAGGAGCUUGUUAUUCCGAUACUGUUGUUGGCUUAUGCACUGUUGCUCUUGCGCUUGUGAUCAUGUUUUACUCGCUUGCAAUGAUCGUCCGAAGCUUAAAAUCCGUCCUCUCCGGACACAUCAAUCGGAUCAUUCGAGAAUAUAUCGACAAAGAUCUUCCGGGUAUUUUCCGCCCACUUACCGAUUAUAUCUAUGUUAUUGUUGGAAUUCUGAUGACUGUCGCUGUCCAAAGCUCCAGUAUCGUUUGCGCGGUAAUCACUCCACUGUGUGGAAUCGGCGUCAUUUCUCUUGAAAGGGCUUAUUCUUUGAUUGUUGGUUGUUGCAUUGGGACAACAACGACGGGGUUGAUUGCUGCUUUGGCAAAUUUGGGGGAUGGAUUUGCUGAAUCGAUGCAGGUUUCGCUGGCUCAUCUGUUCUUCAAUAUGGUGGGACUUCUCCUUUGGUUCAUUGUUCCUGUUGCCAGAAGACUGCCUAUUCGCUUGGCUCUUUGGGCAGGAGCGGAGACAGAAAAAUAUCGGUGGUGGGCAUUUUGUUACAUUAUCGGACUUUUUGUUGCGAUCCCGGGCGUUUUAUUCCUCCUUGUCUUCAUUAUCAUCCUGACUGUCGUUGUCAUCAAUCAUUUGCGUGACUCAAAGCCUGAAAUUCUCCCAGAGGUAAUUCGCGAUGACUGGAAAAUCCUACCCAUCUGGCUGCGCUCCCUUAAACCUUACGACGAUGCUUUUUGCAACCGAGCAGUGGUAGCUGCAUCCGCAGUUCGCUCUAGAACAAUUUCGAGGUCUUCAAAGGGUGCUCGAUCAAGAACUGUUUCGAAGAACGAGACCGGAGUUGUCAACGAAGCUUAUCAGCGAACAAAGAUUUAG